CCAAGUUUCCAAUAAUUUUAUGAACCAUUCAGAAUUUAUUUUCAUUGGUGGUAUUAACUACUCCCACAUACCUCUUUAUAACUUUCUGAUUUCUGGGGAUUACAACAAUUAGAUUCUGAUUCAGAGGAAACCACAUUAUAAAUAGUUUAGCGUGAAAACAAAUUACAGGAUCUGCUGCUAAAGUUGCGUGAGAUUAGCUUUGCGUAUGCAAAAAUUCUUCAAUAUACGGAUGCUUAUUUACCUAUGUUGAUUUAGAGAGGAGGGUGGUGCUAACAAGCUUUUACUUCCUAUCUGGCGGUGUGUCAACAACACUGGAAUAACAUUCUCAUAUUGAGAAUCCAUAACUUCAGUUUUGGUUCAAUUUUAUUCAUCGGAUUCUAAGAAGCUAAUCUUUAACUACAAAUUCUAUAAAGAGAACCAAGACAAAGACCAAGAGGAAGAAGAAGGAGAAGGCCAUAUUUGAACUAGCAUGUCAGACGAGGAAACUAAUUCAUGGCCGGUUGCGUUAAUUGUUUUCUUAAUCUUGAUCACAGGUACGCUUGUUGCUGGAGAUUCUCUGGACACAGACAAAGAAGUCCUGCUAAAUCUGAAAGCAUUCUUUGAAAAAAACAAUCAAAUAAACCGAGGAAUAUACUCACUGUGGAACAAGCAGAGCAAUAACCCAUGUGAAUGGCCUGGAAUAAAUUGCAGUACUACUACCAGAACAGCAAGAGUCACUAGCAUCAACCUCUCAGACAACCAAAUCUCCGGCAAGUUAUUCGGAAACUUCUCAUUGCUAACCGAGCUCUCUUUCCUCGACCUCUCCAAGAACACACUCAGUGGAGUGAUUCCUGAGGACUUAAACCGGUGCCAAAACCUUGUGCGUCUCAAUCUCUCACAUAACAUUCUUGACGGCCACCUGAACUUGACAGGGUUGAAUAAGCUUGAGAAGCUUGAUAUUUCUGUCAAUAGAAUAUGUGGGGAGGUCCAGUUGAGCCUCCCAACAAUUUGUGACAAGUUGGUUGUGUUGAAUAUAUCGAGGAAUAACUUCACGGGCGUGAUCCAUGGCAGUUUUGAUACAUGCCAGAAUUUGCAGUUCUUGGAUUUGAGCACAAACAAGUUAAGUGGGAAAUUAUGGAUUGGUUUUGAAAGGCUGCUUGAGUUUUCUGCCUCAGAAAACAAUUUCAACGGGCAUAUUUUGUCGUCAAUGUUUGGUACUAACUGUAACCUGCAAGUUUUAGACCUGUCUGAAAAUGGUUUUACUGGUCAGGUUCCAGGGAAUAUAUCAUAUUGUCGAAGUUUGGUUAUUUUGAAUCUGUCGAGUAAUAAUUUUACAGGAAAAAUUCCAGCUGAGAUGGGAUCAAUUUCUAGUCUUCAAGCUUUGUACUUGGGGAACAACAGCUUUUCCAAAGAUAUUCCAGAUUCACUUCUCAGCUUGAAUAAGUUAACCUUCUUGGAUUUGAGUAGGAACAAUUUUGGAGGAGAUAUACAAGAGAUUUUUGGGAAAUUCACUCAGGUUAAGUUUCUUGUAUUGCACAGCAAUUUGUAUAUCGGUGGGAUAUAUACAUCGGGAAUUCUCAAGCUUCCUAACAUUUUUAUAUUAGACCUGAGCUUCAACAAAUUUUCAGGUCCACUUCCAGUUGAAAUCUCUGAAAUGCCAAGUUUGAAGUUCUUGAUCCUUGCUUACAAUGAAUUUUCUGGAACUAUACCAUCAGAAUAUGGAAACCUGCCCCGCCUGCAAGCACUUGACCUCUCUUUUAACAGGCUAAAUGGAUCAAUACCUCCCACCUUUGGAAAGUUGAGAUCACUCUUAUGGUUGAUGCUUGCAAAUAAUUCCCUAUCAGGGGAGAUUCCGCCGGAUUUGGGAAAUUGCACAAGCUUGUUGUGGUUGAACCUUGCCAACAACCAGCUUUCUGGGAAAAUCCCACCACAAUUGACAAAUAUUGGUACAAAUGCCACAGCAACUUUCGAGUCUAAUCGCCAGGAAAAUGACGGGAUUGUUGGUGGUUCAGGGGAGUGUUUGGCGAUGCGGAGGUGGAUUCCUGCAAACUACCCUCCUUUCAGUUUUGUGUAUGACAUCCUCACAAGGAAGAGUUGUAGAAGCACAUGGGAUACGAUACUUCAAGGAAAUAGCAUUUUCCCAAUAUGUGCAGCUGGUUUGUCAGUCAGGACCUUUCAAAUCCCGGGUUAUGUUCAACUAAGUGGGAAUCGGCUUUCAGGUGAGGUGCCUCCAGAUAUUGGUAAUAUGCAGAAGUUCAGUAUGUUGCAUUUGGGCUUCAAUGAAUUCUAUGGGAAGCUCCCUCCUCAAAUUGAAGAAAUGCCACUUGUAGUCCUAAACAUUUCCAAUAACAAGUUUUCUGGUGAAAUUCCUGGGGAGAUUGGUAACAUUAAGUGCCUGCAGAAUCUGGACUUGUCCUGCAACAAUUUUUCUGGCAUGUUCCCAGCAAGCUUUAACAAUCUGAGUGAGCUAAACAAGUUCAAUAUCUCAUAUAAUCCACUGAUCUCUGGUGUAAUUCCAAUAACCGGGCAAUUUUCAACGUUUGAGAAGUCCUAUCUCGGUGACGCCCUUUUGGAACUUCCAAAUUUCAGUCACAACACCACAGAUAAGUUUCCACAUGGUAACAAUCAUGAUGGGAAGACAAACAGGCGUAGUUUUGCUGCAUUCUUGGUGUUCCUAGCUUUGGCACUGAUUUUCUUAAUAUUUGGGGUAUUGUCACUCAUAGUCUGCAUGUUGGAGAAGAGCCCAUCAGAAUCACCUGGGUAUCAAUUGCAGGAUAUAAAGUACCCGCAUGAUCUUGCAUCAAGUUCUAGCUAUUCAUCACCAUGGUUGUCAGAUACGAUUAAGGUCAUUCGUUUGGACAAAACAGCUUUCACACAUGCAGACAUUUUAAAAGCGACUGGUAACUUUUCAGAGGAGAGGAUUAUUGGAAAGGGGGGAUUUGGCACAGUCUACCGAGGAGUAUUGCCUGAUGGGAGAGAAGUGGCAGUUAAAAAGCUUCAAAGAGAAGGAAAAGAGGGUGAAAGGGAAUUCCAAGCUGAAAUGGAGGUUCUAAGUGGCAAUGGAUUUGGUUGGCCACAUCCAAACCUUGUGACACUUUAUGGUUGGUGCUUGGAUGACACACAGAAAAUUCUAGUUUAUGAGUACAUGGAAGGUGGAAGCUUGGAGGACCUCAUAUCAGACAGAAUAAAGCUUACAUGGAGGAGAAGAAUUGAUGUGGCAGUUGAUGUAGCUCGUGCAUUAAUGUUUCUACACCAUGAAUGCUACCCUGCCAUUGUGCAUCGUGAUGUGAAGGCUAGCAAUGUCCUACUUGAUAAGGAUGGGAAAGCACGGGUUACUGAUUUUGGUCUAGCUAGAGUUGUUGAUGCUGGGGAUAGUCAUGUUAGUACAGUGGUGGCUGGGACAAUUGGUUAUGUUGCUCCUGAAUAUGGGCAAACAUGGCAUGCUACUACAAAAGGGGAUGUGUAUAGUUUUGGGGUAUUGACAAUGGAACUAGCAACUGGGAGGAGAGCUUUGGAUGGAGGGGAAGAGUGUCUGGUGGAAUGGGCGAAACGGGUGAUGAGAAAUGAGAGGCAAGGAUUGAGCAGAUCAGUCAUACCGGUUGUGCUUUUGGGGUCCGGGCUGGCUGAGGGGGCAGAGGAAAUGAGUGAGCUUCUUCGGAUUGGGGUGAAAUGCACAGCCGAGUCACCACAAGCUAGACCAAACAUGAAGGAAGUGCUAGCUAUGCUAAUAGAGAUUUCCUGCAUUAGAGGGGAGUUCAAUUAUGGUCACUCUCCUCCGUUUUAAUUUUUUGAAGUUUUGAGAAAAAUGUCCAUAGUUUGAGGAUGUUACAUAGUUUUCACACAUAUAAUACACAUAGUUUUUACUGAUGUAAUUCUUCUUGUACACAAAUCAUUCAUCAUUCAUUAUGUCAAAGAAAGGCUUCUCAAUUUUGUUA